AUGGGCUUGGUUUAACAACUCCUCCAAUCAAACGCUCAAAAACAAGGGCUCCAAAACAUUCACUCCGUCAAAUUAAUCAGAAAAAUUAGUACUAAUUCUAGUGAUGUUAGGGAAAACGUCGAAGCCGGUGAUCGAGAUUCUCACUGGAUCUUUGUGUUCCGACAGCGGAAGCCCUAGGAGUCAGAUUCAGUCGCCGAGGGGGCUCAAGAGCCUAGAUCUCGGCACCGUAGGGCUAGUCAUAGUAGCAGCUCUCGAGAAAUCUAGCGGCGGAGGUAGGGACGGUAUUAUCGGCCGCAAUUCGACGCGAUCGAGUCCAAUUCCGGUGAAUUACCCCAAAAAUUGUUGCAGGAGUAGGAGAGAGGAGUACACGAUAGUGACGUGUCAUAGCCCGAGCAAUCGCAAUCGCAACAGCAACAGCAACAGCGUCUUCCACAUAUCUCCGGCUAGAGGCAUGGAGGCUGGAGGAGCAAUUCCGACGGCGGAAUUUUUGAGCAGGUGCGAUUUGUGCCAGAAGAAACUCGACGGCAAAGACAUAUACAUGUACAGAGGAGAGAAAGCAUUCUGUAGCGUUGAUUGCCGGUAUACGCAGAUGGUAAUGGAUAAAUGCAGUGCGGAAGCGUCGAAGCCGGCGGAAGUUGCAGGGUCGCCGUGCGAUUACGGGCACAUGUUUACCGCCGGGAUUCUGGCUACAUAGAUUUAUUGUGAAUCCAUUAAUAACAAUUUUUCUAUACUAGUGGAGUAGUAUAUAAACACUGCGAAAAUGUAACACAACUCAUCAAUUAAACGAGCAUCCUUUUUGACA